AGAAAGGUUGUAUUUUCGGCACACCUCUGCGCAAUCACACUUUCCAUAUUGUUGACGAAUAAAAUUUGGUAAAUUUUUUUUACCGGGAAUAAGUACGUAGUACGUAUGUGUCCACCUGCUGAUUAGUAAGCUAGUUCUAAAAUAAGAGGCACUCACAAAGACAAUCAGCAUGGCCUGCAGUUCGUACACGAACAAAACCCUGCAGAGGAUAAGGUGCUUCUGCGGAUGCAGCGACAUGACCGUUGAAGAGGUUAAGAGGAUCUAUUUGCUGACGAAUAAUGUCCACCACACGUUGGUGGAUCCUGAUGCCACCAGACUGCUGCGAAAAUUCAUGGAGACGAGGCGCUCCGGCGACAAGGUAGAGGCCGAGCAGUACCUGGAUAUCUACGAGAAGUGCGCCGAGUUCCUGGCAGAGAAUCAGCGCACCUUCACCCAGGACGAGGUCGACGAACUGGUCGAUCUGGGUCUGCCCUACGAUCUCGAGCAGGAUCUGUCCAGGCGCAUGCUUAGCGCCAAUCGAACAGACAUCAGUUGCGGUCUUAAUCGCAUCCAGGGAAAAUGUCGCAACGAGAUCGAGGCCAGCAGCGAUUUCCGGGACUUCAGGGACGCCAUCGUGGCUAAGAUGCGUCGGGUGCCGAAAUGAUAUAGUCAUCGAUAUAGUAGAUCGAUGCUUUAUGUGUUCAAUGUGCAACGCCUACCAAAGUCACUAGGGUACCUUUGUAGAACCGCACCCAACCUCGCUCCUUCCUGCACCUACCUUAGUGCCUUAGGGACCUCCACACCCAUUAAUCUCUCGAUCCAACACCAUAGUUUAGUCAUAGCCAUACAACGAAGAAACGGAAACCGUCCUCCUAUCUCAAUGUGGCUUCCGACACGUGCUAGAGCCCAGGCUCAUCAAACACUCACAUUCUAUUGAACCCACAGAUACGGUUUAUAAGUUUUUACUUAACAAUAAAUAUAUAGUUGUUUUUAUAUUGUACGCUUUGUAAUGUUGUUACGCACUAGAGGUAGGCAAAUAAAUUACCUGAUCCCAAAUGCGAACAAAA